AUGAGUAACACUAAUUCAGAGGGAAAUCAGGAUAAGUCCAAAGUGGUCCCUCGUGACGUGAGAUUAUUGCAUCUUAUAUUUGCAACUCAAGGCGUCCAAAACUACCAAGACCAUGUACCGCUUCAGCUUAUGGACUUCGCUCACCGCUACACCGUUCUGAUUUUACGUGACGCUUUGACCUACAAUGACCAUGCCAAACCUACAAAUCCCAACAGCAAUAUCAAUGCGAAUACCAAUACGACUGUGACAACUGAUGAUAUUCGCUUGGCUAUCGCUGCUCGGACGAAUUAUCAAUUCAAGCCAGUGCCACCGAAAGAAUUGUUAUUGGAGCUCGCUGAAGAGAGAAAUUCGAAACCAUUACCGGCAGUUAUUCCAAGAUGGGGGUUGAAUUUGCCCCCUGAACGUUAUUGCUUGACAGCUCGUGAUUGGGACAAUUUGGAAGAAGAAGAGAAGCAGAUGCAAGAAGAACUGAACAAGCGGCCCCGUCGGAAGAGAACAGGCCGUUUGCCCAAUUUUGUUGAUUUGGGCCCGGCUGAUCUCUGCAAUAUCCAAAAGGUUUCCGUCAAUUCCAAGUCGCAAAAGGAGUUGGGUACCUUUUUAUACUACACUGGUGUUGACACUCUGAACUCUGCCCUGAUCGCAGCUCAUUUGCAAGGUCUCGCCAAUCUCUUGAGUCUGAAACCUCAGUAUUGGUUCAAUGAGAAGAAGUCUUGGAGGGUUCCUGAGCUCACGUAUUGUGCGUAUAAUGCAUUUUCCAAGGUCGACAUGAGGGUGACGGUGCAUAUUCCAGGGAAAUUUGAAUCGCAAGUCAUUGACUCUGAUGGAAAGUUGAUAACUGAUAAGCUUAGCUCUGACGAUAUCGAAGCUUUGUGGUUGGAAACUUUCGUAUCAUGUAUGGUUCGGCUGGUACUCGAUCCCGACGACGAAGAAAUCUAUAAAAUGCGGGGUUUGGUCGAAAUUCGCAAAAUUAAUCCCUUGAACAACGGCUCUGGCUCCAAGGAAACAGUGGCGAAUUUCAUCGCUGCGUUCGAAAAGUUAUUUUGGGAUGGUCCUAAACUUGGAUGUUCUGUUGAAAUCCCUCUGCCCACGAUCGUCAAUAACUACCUUGUUGAUGGGUUCCUUAAGGUAAUUGAGCUCACCCAACAAUACAGUUUGGCUCUUGAGGUUUUAAAGAGAUUGCAAGAACAAGAACCUGCCGUUGUUACUCUUUACGCCAAAGUCUUGUUGAUGAAGGAUGAGGAAGUCAAGGCCGUUCAAGUGAUGUCGGAGGGUAUUAAGGAAAACAAUCGUAACGCCGAUUUACUUUUGUUGCAAUCAGAAUUUUGUCUCGACAAAAAGCGUACUGACUUAGCUCUUCUGCUAGCUAAACAAGCCGUGAAGCUGUCACCUCUGGACUUCAAGACUUGGGCAAUGUUGGUGAAGGUGUACACCAAAAUCGGCGACUUUGAGAAUGCCUUGCUUACACUCAAUUCGUGCCCAAUGUCGUCUCACAAGGAGAAAUUCCUCUUGAAGCGUGUGGUUCCUUUGCGUGGUAAUCCCGAUGAUUUGCACUUACCGCUGCCGGUAGACGUUACUCUUGACGGGGUUCUGAGUUUGCAACUCGAGGAAGUUGAGGCAGAAGAACGCACUUUGGAUCCUCUGUUAAUGAAUUUGCCCGCAGCCAAUUUGAAGCUGACAUUUGCAAAGGCUUAUGAUUUGUUAACAGAUAUCGUCAACAAGACUGGCUGGGAGACUCUUCUCAAAUACCGUGCCAAAGUGUUUGUUAUGGAGGAGGAAUACCGUAAAGAUAAAACCUCAAAUGGUCACACUCGCUCACGCUCGACUGUUUCAGUUAACGAAGCGACACCUACCAAUGGCGAUGAUGAGGCUCUGGUGAAAACUGAGGUUACUGACAAUGAUGCCGCUCUGACGGUUGCUGUAAAGCUGCCCAAAAGAGAAUCAGGAGCUGAUGAAGACGAGUUCCGCAAAAAGAGAUUGUGUGAACGUUGGCUCGACAACUUAUUCAUGUUGCUUUACGAGGACUUGAGGGCUUACACAAUGUGGCAAGCUGAGUCUGUUCACUUCCAAGCCAAGCAAAUGGUGUACAAGAAAACUUCAUUGGAGUGGGACAACUUGGGUCAAAUUGCUUAUCGUCUCAAACACUUCAAAGAAGGUCUGGUGGCAUUUAAUAAUCUGUUAUCUCAACGCUUCCUGCCAAAGGCUCAAUUGGAAAUGUUGCGCUAUUAUUGCAUUGAAAGGGCCAAACUCAACCAACGUAACUCUCUGGUAGUGGCUCUGAGUACAACGGUUAACUUUUCUAAAGCAAACAAUGCGCUUCUGGAAAAGAUUUUGGAGUCUGUUGUGAAAUUGUUAGUGUGGAAUCAUCGGUGGUACUCUGAAUUUUCGACUACGUUGAUUUUAGCGCUAGAGGACUUGAUUGCCAAAGAUGGGCUAAUCAAGAUUAAAUCUCUUGUGCAAGCGUUAUACUCGGAGUCGCCAAACCCUUCAACAACAUCGACAGAUCAUAUCCCUAACAGGGGUAUCUGUGAAAUGAUGGAUGAUGAGUUCAACUUCUUCCGCACAUAUGAAGUCAUUGGCGCCGAUAACUAA